AUGAAGGUCGGACCGGCAGCCCAAGGCUGGGCAGCCGCCGGGUGGGUCGCGUUGCUGGCCGUGCUCCUGCCGCUGUGCUGGCGGGCGGCGGCGGAGCGGCUGCGCUACUCCAUGGCCGAGGAGCUGCCCAGAGGCUCGCUGGUGGGGCCGCUGGCCCGGGACCUGGGGCUCAGCGCCGACGAGCUGCCGGCGCGCAAGCUGCGGAUAGUCGCUGGUGACGAAAAGCAGUACUUCACUCUCGGGGAAGGUAAUACAAAUCUGCGGGUAAACGAGAGGAUCGACCGAGAGGGCAUCUGCGGGGCCGUGUCGCCCUGUGUCCUCCGCUUGGAGGCAGUCAUGGAGAACCCUUUCGACAUGUUUCCUGUGAGCGUUACUAUCCAGGAUAUCAAUGACAACGCGCCGCGGUUUAACAAAGAAUUUGUUACCAUAGAAAUCAUCGAGUCGACGCCUCCUGGGAGCAGAUUCGCACUGGGCAGUGGCAGAGACCCCGACAUCGGGGCAAACUCUUUACAGAAGUACGAGCUUACCCCCAAUCCACUCUUCUCACUCUUAGUGAGGGAGAGCCCUGACGGGACGAAACACGCGGAACUGGUACUGGAGAAAAACUUAGACCGAGAAAAACAGAGAAAUCACCAUUUGAUACUGACGGCACUGGAUGGCGGGGAUCCGGUCCGAUCCGGGACAGCCCAGAUUAAGAUUAACGUGACAGACGCAAAUGACAACCCACCAGUAUUCACCAAAGAGAUCUACAAGGUUCGACUGAUGGAAAACCUGCCAGAGGGCUCCUUAGCUUUUCAGGUGAAAGCCACUGACAGUGACGAAGGUACAAAUGCAGAAAUUACUUACUCUUUCAGUGACAUCGCAGACAGUGCUCGCCAGCUCUUCUCUCUGGACCCCAGGACAGGGGAUGUGAAGGUUACAGGCCCCUUAGAUUAUGAAGAAGGGAAAUAUUAUGAAGCGACUCUUGAAGGCAAGGAUGGGGGUGGACUCACUGCGCAAGCCAAAGUACACAUAGACAUUCUAGACGUAAAUGACAAUGUACCAACCCUUUCUCUCCUGCCUAUCUUGAACCCGAUACCCGAAGACUCAGUCCCGAGUACAGUUAUAGCUGUGAUCAAUGUUCGUGACAGAGACUCGGGAGAAAACGGAGAAGUAAACUGUAACAUGGACGGAAAUCUGCCUUUCAGAUUGGAAAUGUCGUCAGAGAACACCUAUAAACUAAUAAUAGCCAGUGCCCUGGACAGAGAAGCAGUGUCCGCUUACAAUAUCACCAUCACUGCAAGGGACCGGGGCAGCCCGGCGCUCUCGAGCGCGGCGGAGUUGGUGCUGGAGGUGUCGGACGUGAACGACAACGCGCCGGUGUUC